AUGUACUCUCUCAAAGUGGGCGACAGCCUCGAGAGUCUCGACACUCCAUCCAUGAUUGUCGACCUCGAUGUUAUGGAAGCCAACAUCAAGAAGCUGAUGGACCGCCUUCUUCCGACUGGUCGAAAUAUCCGACCUCAUCUCAAAACUACCAAAAGCGCCAUCAUCGCAAAGAAACUUGUUGCUGCCGGCGCCAAGGGCGGUUGCGUGGCAAAGCUCAGCGAGGCCGAAGCUAUUACUGCCGCUGGUUUCACAGACUUGCUCAUCACCUGCGAGAUUGUUGGUCCGGCCAAGGUUGCGAGGCUAGUGGAGCUGUUCAAAAAGCAUAGGAGUCUUAGGAUAGUUGUGGACAGCGAGGUGGCUGCUACGGCCAUCAAUGAUGCACUAGAAAAGUCGGGUAUUGAGGACCCUAUCGCAACAUUGAUAGAUCUGGAUGUUGGAUUACACCGUACAGGCGUCAAACCUGAGGGAGCUCUACCUUUGGCACAGCAUAUCGAAGACUUGAAGCACCUACAUCUCAUUGGUAUUCAAGGUUACGAGGGUCACCUGCAACAUCUCCAUGACUUUGAAGACCGCAAAACGCAAUGCCUUGCAUCGAUGAAGACUCUAACCGAGACGGCGCAAUCGCUGAAGGAUAAGGGUUACAAUAUUGAGGUCGUCACAACUGGCGGCACGGGCACAGCCGAUUUCUGUGCUACAGUCCCAGGAGUAACGGAAUUGCAGCCGGGAUCAUUCAUUUUUAUGGACACAGAUUACCGAAAUGCCAUUGGCGCAUAUUACUCCCACAGCCUAUCUAUUCUCGCUACAGUCAUCAGCAAACAGGGCGAGCGACAGGUCACAAUCGACACUGGACUUAAGACCUUGACCACAGAUAGCGGGCUGUCAGAGUGCAAGGAUAAGAGAUAUAAAUAUGAUCAAUUGGGCGAUGAGCAUGGGUCACUCGUUUGGGAAGAGGGAACACCAGAGCUCAAGAUUGGAGACAGGGUUGAGAUGAUACCCAGCCAUAUUGAUCCGACUGUGAAUCUCCACGACGUCUAUUAUGCCUACCGUAACGGGAUAGUGGAGGAGAUCUGGCCUGUUGAUUCACGAGGAAAGGUUCAAUAA